AUUACAAUCAAUGGAUAGUUCUGGUCAUAUAAAUGAAGCACAGAAUCAACCAUUAAUUGAGGAGGAUGGACAGAACACUACAGAAGGGUUCAACCAUCCAGACUCGAUAUUUAAGGAGCAUCCCUUUGAGAACGCUGGGAUACUCUCCAAAUUUUUCUUUAGCUGGCCUUAUAAAGUUCUCCAAUUCGGAAGCAAAAACCAAUUCAAAGUAGAGAAUUUGGGUGGGAUAAGAGACAUAAACUCUUCUCAAUAUCAAGCGAAGAGAUUCAAAGAGAGCUGGCAGAAAUACAAAAACAGCAAGAAAAUGCCUAUCUUCAAGGCUCUUGCUCGAACACAUAUGAAGGAAUUCUUAUUUGCAUUCUUCAUCAAUUUCAUAGUUGUCUGAAUGCACAUAUCCAUUCCAUUCUUGAUCAUACAAAUCAUUGAAUUCAUGUCAACUCCUUCUGGAGAAGACGGAGGCAUCUGGAUAGGAAUUGGCCUCAUAGCUGCUUAUGUCAUCAUAAGCUGGUUGGCCUUCCUACUUGACGAGCAUGCAGUCUUUCUCCAAGCUCUGCUAGGAGAUAACGCAUAUUCUGGAAUGAUUUCUAAUAUUUACGAGAAAAUUCUGAAAAUCACUCCAUCAACCAACAAAGAUUUUAGGCAAGGAGAAAUCAUCAACUUCAUCCAAGUUGAUGCUGAGAAGGCCUUUGAUAUUGCCUGGUGAUUCCCACCAGUUGCAAGACUUCCAAUUCAACUAAUCUUCGGAAUUGCUUUCCUGUUGUAUUAUUUUGGAUGGUUCUUGCUCCCAUCAUUGGGAGUGGCUGUACUCUUGGUAAUCCUUAAUUUCUACAUUGCAAUCUGGAACUCCAGAAUCCAAGAUGAAGUUCUAGAGAGAAAAGACAAGAGAAUGAACACCACAACAGAAGUGGUCAACAAUAUCAAAGUUAUCAAGCUCAAUUCCUGGGGAAGGUUCUUCAUUGAUAAAGUAGCUAGGCUCAGGAAGAGAGAAAUCCAUUCCGUCAACAAAGGAUUGGUAGUAAACACAGUUGAAAUCAUCACUGCUUUCAUAAUGUCACCUGUUUUCAUGGUUGGAACCUUCUUCUUGUUCUUCGUCUUCGGAAACACGAUGAUUCUGGCCCACGCUUUUGCUGCAAGGCAUGUGUUUUAUUCCUUAGAAGAACCAAUCAGAUGGGUACCUCAGUUUGUUGGAACUUUUGCUGAAUUCCUGGUAUCCAUGAGGAGGAUCGAAAAGUUUCUCCAAUGAGAUGAGAUCAACCCAAACAUUGUUGAGAUGAACAACGAAUACUGCAAAGAAAAGGAGAUAGACAUCCUGAUUGAGAACGCCAACUUCACUUGGGCAGGAAGCAAGGUCAAAGAGAAGGAGAAAGACGAAGAUAAGAAAGACACAAAGGAAAAGAAGAAUAAAGAGGAAGAAAAAGAAGACAAAAAGAAAGAUAAAGCAUCGAAGAAGACUUAUACUAUCAAUGAAGAGUAUCAGUCACUGGACAUGGAUGAUAUCGAAGAUGGACUUAAUACCAGCACCAAUACGACUACAUCAACAUCAAGUGACAGCAAGAACAAGAAGCUCACUGAUAGCAUUGAGUUGAAGGAUAUCAACCUCAAAAUUCACAAGGGAGAAUUCAUCUGUAUUAUUGGAGAAGUAGGGUCUGGUAAGUCUUCACUCCUCAGCGCUAUCCUCGGUGACAUGCUCUAUCUUAGUGACGAAACUAUCGAAGUCAAUCAAGAUAGAAUCCUUGAUGAGGAGUUGAGGAAGGAGCUUAUCCGGGCUGCUCUCACAGAACAGUCUAUUGUUAAGCUAGGAGGAUCUAUUAGUUAUGCUCAGCAAGUGCCUUGGAUCCAGAACAAAACCAUCCGAGACAACAUUCUGUUCGGAAAGAGAAUGGAUGAGCAACGAUACAACCAAGUUAUCGAGAUGUGUGAGCUUGGGCCUGACCUUGGACUAUUUCCAGGAGGAGACCUCACUGAGAUAGGUGAGAAAGGCAUUAAUCUCAGUGGAGGCCAGAAAGCCAGAGUGAGUUUGGCCAGAUCUAUAUAUGCUGACAAUGACAUUUUGUUGAUGGACGAUCCUGUGAGUGCUCUUGAUGCCAAUGUCAAGAGGAAAUUCAAAGAUGUCUUUAUGAACCAACUUAGAGAGAAAACAAGAAUACUUGUAACUCAUGCAAUCGAUUUUAUUGAUUGAGUAGACAGAAUCAUCGUGAUGGAGUCCGGAAGGAUUAAAUACUGAGGUACUUAUGAAGAACUCCAGCACAGCGAAGAGAUUAAGCAUAUUGUAGAAGUACUUGCUCAUCAGGCUGGAGAAGACGAUUCCCAAGAAGAAAAGAAAGAGGAAUCUAAAAAGGAAACUAAAGAAACCCCACAAGAAAAAGUUGAAGAAAAGUCAUUCAUUAGUGAACAGGGCACCAGGAUUACUGAUGAAGAGAAUGAUGAGAAAAUUGAUGUAGGAUGGAACGUUUACAAAACCUUCUUCUUAUCUGAUAAUUUUUGGGUGCUCUAUCUAAUGACCUUCCCAUUGUUGGCUGUAUAUGCAUAUUUCAUAGUCAAUCACACAAUCUCCUUUGGUCAUUGGAUAGAAAAUAGUAAUGAUGGAAUAGAAUAUGGAAGGAACUUCUUGAUUGUUGUCCUCUAUCCGUUUGGAUAUACCCUGAUGAUUUCUCUUGUCUUCUUGCUCAUCACAGUCUCAAUAGUCAGAUCAAGUAGGCUUUUACAUGAGAAAAUGUUCAAGAAAACAAUCAAUGCUCCAAUUAACUUGUACUUCGAUAAGACUCCAAGUGGAAGAGUGUUGAAUAGGUUCUCCAAAGACAUAAACAAAAUUGAUACAACCAUUUCACAUCGGCUUGUUUGGAGUACAGAGUGAUACACCUCCUUCCUCUAUAACCUAGUUAUUGCUAUGAUUGCAAUGCCAUGGGUGGGAAUAAUUAUUCCAAUUAUACUUUUGAUUUGCUUCUUCUUAGUCAGAUUCUACAUGAAAACCUACAGAGAUAUCAAAAGACUCACAAGUGUCACUCAUUCUCCAGUGAUCGCUCAACUCUCAGAGACUCUAUCAGGAUGCAGCACCAUCAGGAACUUUGGAAAAGAGGAACAGUUCAUUAAUGAUAACUUCAAGAAGAUCAACCUCAACAUCAGUUCUGAGUUCUGGCUGGGCGCUGUAAGAAGAUGGUUCACUGUCAGACUUGAGCUCUCAUGUAGAGUUAUCAUCAUUGCUGCUUUAUGUCUAAUGCUCUACUUCAAAGAUGACAUGAACCCCAUCCUGGUUGGAGUCUUCCUAAACCACAUGAUGUGGAUGAACAAUGAAAUAAUUUGGGGUGCCCAGACUAUGACUGAGUUCGAAUCUGACCUAGUGUCUUAUCAAAGGUGCCUCAAGAUCUUAGAAAUUCCACAAGAGAACACUCAGAAUGUCCAGAAGCAGCUACUUCUAAAUGAUAAAAGCUUUGAAAAAUUAAAUGUAAAUACAAAGUGGCCAAAUAGUGGAAGGAUUGGAUUCAACAACUUUAGCCUCAAGUAUCGUCCUACCACUCCCACCGUCCUCAAAAACCUCUCUUUCUCCAUCAACAAUGGUGAGAAAAUCGGAGUUGUUGGACGCACUGGUGCAGGAAAAUCUACUCUGUGUCUUGCACUCUGAAGAAUCGUCGAAGCCUAUCAAGGAUCCAUCACCAUUGACGAACAAGACAUUUCCACUGUGGAUCUGGAACAGCUUAGAAACAAAAUCACUAUUAUUCCACAAGACCCCACCCUGUUCAACGGUUCGCUCCGGUUCAACCUCGACCCAGAAGGUAUCCAUCCAGACUCGACCCUGCUCGACCUGGCUUCUCAGGCUUCACUUCAGAAAUUGGUCGACCGAGACGACAAAGGCCUUGACCAGAACAUCGAAGAAGGUGGGGCCAACCUCAGUUCUGGUGAGAAGCAGCUUCUGUGCAUUUGAAGAGCCAUUCUUCGCAAAAACAGAGUGGUGCUGAUGGACGAAGCCACAGCCAACAUCGACAUCAAGACUGAGCAGACCAUCCAGGAGCUGAUUAACACUCAGUUCAGAGACUCGACCGUGAUCACGAUUGCACACCGACUCAACACGAUCAUGAGCAGCGACAGGAUCUUGGUGCUGAGUCAUGGAGAACUGGUGGAGUACGACAGUCCUGGCAACUUGCUGAAGGACCCAGGGUCAAUGUUCAAGUCUUAUGUCGACUCGUUCAAGAACAAAUAA